AUGUUGGUUAGCGAUGAGGACGAGAUAGAAAACGAGGAAAGUGAGUCGGACGAGGCAAAGGAGGAGUCUGGGGAGUUACUCUAUUCGUGGGAGGACCAUAUGGAGCAAUUGGACAGGGUUAUGUCAGUUUUGAGGGCCAACCAUUUGUACGUCAACAGAAAAAAAUGCCUUUUUGCUCAGGAACAAUUGGAGUAUUUGGGUCAUGUGGUUUCCCGGACUAGAGUAGCCACGAAUUUCAGUAAGAUACAAGCCAUGUUGGAUUGGCCAUCCCCAUGGACCAUUAAGGAGUUGCAGGGAUUCUUGGGUCUAACGGGAUACUACCGUAGGUUUGUGGCUGGGUAUGGGCGUAUUGCGUGGUCAUUGACGCAGCAACUUAAGAAGGAUGCUUUUGCUUGGAAUUCGGAGGCUGAGGAGGUGUUUCAGUGCUUAAAGAAAGCUAUAACUGAAAUUCCAGUUUUGGCUUUGCCAGAUUUCUCUUAA